CGCGCAAGCCUGUUCCGUGCAGACGUCGCCGCUAUUCGGGAAUUAUGCUGUUCUUCUCCCUGCUGCGACCGGCCCAGUGCCUGCGGAAAUGCGUCCCCCUGACCGUGAGGACGGCGCGGGCCCAGCAUGGAGGGGCGGCCGUGGCGGCGGCCGGAGAAGUGGCCGGCGGCUGGACGGGGCAGGAGAGCCUGGCGGACAGCGACCCGGAGAUGUGGCGACUGCUGCAGCGCGAGAAGGACCGUCAGUGCCGGGGGCUGGAGCUCAUCGCCUCUGAGAACUUUUGCAGCCGUGCCGCCCUGGAGGCUCUGGGCUCCUGUCUCAACAACAAGUACUCCGAGGGCUACCCCGGGAAGAGGUACUACGGCGGGGCUGAGGUGGUGGAUGAGAUCGAGCUCCUGUGCCAGCGCCGGGCCCUGGAGGCCUUCGACCUGGACCCCGCCAAGUGGGGGGUGAAUGUCCAGCCAUACUCUGGCUCCCCCGCCAACCUGGCCGCCUACACGGCCGUCCUGCAGCCGCACGACCGCAUCAUGGGGCUGGACCUACCCGACGGCGGACACCUGACCCAUGGCUACAUGUCGGACACAAAGCGAAUCUCGGCCACGUCCAUCUUCUUUGAGUCGAUGCCGUACAAGCUGGACCCCACGACCGGACUCAUUGACUAUGAGCAGCUGGAAGUCACCGCCCGGCUGUUCCGGCCACGGCUGAUCAUCGCGGGGACCAGUGCUUACGCCCGCCUCAUCGACUAUGCCCGCAUGAAGGAGGUGUGUGAGGGGGUCAAGGCUCACCUGUUGGCCGACAUGGCUCACAUCAGCGGGCUGGUGGCUGCCAAGGUGAUCCCAUCACCGUUUGACCACGCAGACAUCGUCACCAGCACCACCCACAAGACUCUGCGUGGGGCCAGGUCUGGACUGAUCUUCUACCGUCGGGGUGUGAAGUCCGUGGAACCCAAGACCGGGCGGGAGGUGCCCUACGGCUUGGAGGAGCGGGUCAACUUUGCCGUGUUCCCCUCCCUGCAGGGGGGCCCGCACAACCAUGCCAUUGCUGCUGUGGCCGUGGCACUCAAGCAGGCCACCUCCCCCAUGUUCCGCGAGUAUUCACUGCAGGUGCUGAGGAAUGCACGGGCCAUGGCUGAUGCCCUGCUGGAGCGGGGCUACUCCCUGGUGUCCGGUGGCACAGACAACCACCUGGUGCUGGUGGACCUACGCCCCCGGGGGCUGGACGGGGCACGGGCUGAGCGGGUGCUGGAGCUGGUAUCCAUCACGGCCAACAAGAACACGUGUCCUGGGGACCGCAGUGCCAUCACGCCAGGGGGACUGCGGCUCGGGGCCCCAGCCCUGACCUCCCGCCAGUUCCGGGAAGACGACUUCCGGCAGGUGGUGGAGUUUAUCGAUGAGGGUGUGCGCAUUGGGCUGGACGUCAAGGGCAAGACCGCCAAGCUCCAGGACUUCAAGUCCUUCCUCCUGCACGACCCUGACACGAGGCAGCAGCUGGCCGACCUGAGGCGUCGGGUGGAAGAGUUUGCCCGCCGUUUCCCCAUGCCGGGUUUUGCAGAGCGCUGAGCUGCAUGCCCGACGCCAGCCCCCUCCCUACCUUCUUUCCUGUUUAUAGCUGAAAAAUAAUAUUUUUUAAGAGAUGGGGAUUUUGACCACCCCACUUCCCUUAACUGGAAGCACCUUGCUGGGCUGAGCCUUUCUACUAAAUAAAAAACCUGGGACCUUC